CCGAGCCAAGCGCAACUCGUCGCGAGCGCCAGUGAGUUCGCGCCCCGCGCUUAUUGAACUCGUAUUUUUUUUAUAUCCCACCAAUUUGACAACUUCUCACAGAUGCCGACCGACGGUCAGUACCCUUGAUCCUAUUCGCCUUGUAAAUCUAGAGUUAGUGGCCCACACGAUGUAAAUACUCGGGUACCCGUGACGUUUUCCGUGAUGUGAAACUUAAAAGCUCAGUGUAAAUAAAUAAUAUACCGGAAACAAAAAUGUAAGUUCACAUCAGCGCGGGCGCCGGCGUGUGUUGUGAUGAUAUUCUUAUUUUCUCACCGCGAACGAAAAAUACAUUCGCAAUCUAUUUAUAUUUGGAGUCCCAUAAUUUAUCGAAACAUUCAUAAAAAAUAUGCAGGGCGCGGCGCGGCGGGCUGGGUGGCGCGCUGGUGGCGCGCGCUGCUGGCCGAGCUGGUGGCCACGGCGCUGCUGGUGCUGCUGGGCGUGGCCACCAUGCUGUCACCGGGCGCGCCGCUCACGCACCCCGCGCUCGCGUUCGGCUUCGUCGUGCUCGCCAACAUCGAGGCGUUCGGGCCGGCGUCUGGCGCGCACAUGAACCCGGCCGUCACGCUGGCCGCCGUGCUGGCGGGCCGCCUGCCCGCGCCCGCCGCGCUCGCCUACGUGCUGGCGCAGUUGCUGGGCGCCGUGCUCGGCUUCGCGGCGCUGAUGGCGCUGGCGCCGGGCUCGUUCGCCGACGCGAGCGUGGUGGUGGGCGGCACGACGCCGACCGCGGUGGGCCCGCUGGCCGCCGCCGCCGUGGAGGCGCUGCUCACGGGCCUGCUGGCGCUGCUCUGCUGCGGCCUCUGGACCGCUGAAGAGGAAGGCAAGCAGGACCCGACCGUCUCCAUCAAGUUCGGUCUCACAGUUGCGGGUCUCAUUUAUGCGGGGGGUCCGCUGACCGGCGCCAGCCUCAACCCUGCGCGUAGCUUCGCGCCCGCCCUACUGCAGCACUUCACGGCAGACCACUGGGUGUACUGGGUGGGCCCGCUGGGCGGCGCGGCGCUGGCCACGCUGCUGCACCGCUUCGCGCUGCGGCCGCCGCGCGCCGCGCCCGCGCGCCCGCUGCCCGAGACCCUGCCGCUGCACGACAAGCCCGACUGCUGACUGCUGAGCACAGUGAGCACCGACCGCUCCCUCUCGCCCGCCUUGUGUUAUUAUAUAUAUGCCUACCCUGUAAUCGUUUACACUUCACACUACCGUUCUCGACCUAGUGAAUCGGGUUUGAAUAUGCAAGUUUGAGCGAAUAUGACCUUGAUAUACAUAUUGUAAUAUUGGUAUAUGAGACGAAUCCCGAUUGAUAAACUUGUUGCAGACGAUUUGAUAUACGUGGAACUUUAACAUUGAAUUCGGUACCUAUCAUUAAAAAUAAAAAGUUAGUGAAAUGCUUACUUACAUUGAAGAUUCAAUAUUUUUAUACGAUCUUAUUUAAAU